AACGUUGCAGUGAGGGUGGCGCCCUGUGUCCUUGGCCCAGAACACUUCAGUUUGUUGUCUCUAACUCACACUGAGCGUUGCCUGGAGAUCCGGAAAACAUAGUUAUUCAAACCAAGUAUAUGACUGUCCAACUCUUCUCUCUCAGGGUUUGCCAGAAUUGUUUAAGUUGUGAGAAGGUUCCCGAAAUGCCUAAUGAUAUAUUUCUUUGGGGGCCAUGUCUUUUAAUAUCAGUUGCAUUUUCUAUGUGGAUGGCACCCAAAGGUUGGCUGGUUGCGGGGGAAGGCCUGAAGCCUAAAAUGCCUACAGUGUAGGGACUGUGGUGGGGAGACAUUUGAAGAGGCCCCACGUUACCUGUAGAGGUGAAGGCUGAUGUUGGCUAUGCUGGCUAUUUCUGUGGGGUCAGCAGAGGACCAGCGCAUACAGAGUGCAGAUGAUUGCUGGUGUCUUGCCAUGUACAAAUGCCGCUCUUGCGACCGUGAUGUUUUAUUCUCGUGUCCUUUUCGAAAGACCUGCGUUCUUCGAGAGGCCGCCCGCACUCCUGCUAACACGGUGCCCAGGGCUGCGGGCUGCAGCCUGUGCACCGAGGGGCAGCCCUGGGGCCUGAGGGCAGGUGCUGUCUGGGCGCUGUGUCCCGGCCCCAGUCUGCUCUCAGUGCAUAAAUUCACAGAGAAACAUGAGUGGGUAACAACAGAAAAUGGUAUUGGAACAGUGGGAAUCAGCAAUUUUGCACAGCAAGCUUUGGGAGAUGUUGUUUACCGCAGUCUGCCUGAAGUUGGGACAAAAUUGAACAAACAGGAUGAGUUUGGUGCUUUGGGAAGUGUGAAAGCUGCCAGUGAACUCUCUUCUCCUCUAUCAGGAAAAGUAACUGAAAUUAAUGAAGCUUUUGCAGAAAAUCCAGGGCUUGUCAACCAAUCAUUUUAUGAAGAUAGUUGGCUGAUCAAGAUACCACUGAGGAAGCCUGCAGAACUCGAUGAACUAAUGAAGGAAGAAGCAUAUGAGAAAUACAUGAAAUCUACUGAGGAGUGAAAGUGGAACCCCCCUCAAUAAAGUAGUAUGAAACAACAAAAACAGUUGCACUUUUUCUUUU